CUCGUGUAUCUGGGUAGCUGCAUAAGUGCUUGUGGUGGCGUCAGUGAUGAGGUCAGUCCAUGUAUAGUGACGGCCAGAGCAGCUUAUGUUAAUUUGGACCAUCUUUGGCGCCUUCGUGAUGUUAGUCUGGCUGUAAAGGGUCGGAUCUACAACGCGUCGGUGAGAGCAGAUUUGUUCUAUACUUGUGAAACCUGGCCUCUCCGAGUUGAGGAUGUUAGACAACUCUCUGUGUUUGAUCAUUGUUGUCUCCGAAGGAUUGCUGGCAUCCAGUGGCAACACCAUGUUAGUAAUGCAGAGGUUCGGUAUCGUGUGUUCGGGUACAGAGACAAUUCAAUUGGUAUCAAUUGGUAUCUUGAAACAUCGACUCCAGUGGCUUGGUUAUGUUCUACGAAUGUCGUCCUAGAGAAUCCCACGUCGUGUAUUAUUUGCCAAAACUGGGACUGGUUGGAGAAAAGCAGAGAGGUGGUCAGUGUAUGACAUAGUGUCGUGGCUUCUGUUGUUCCUUCACGACUCGCUGGUUGGGGACCUAGAGAUGGUUUAGAUGGUGGUUGGGGGUAGUCAACAGGAAACCAA